GUUUGUGUUUUGAUUUGCGAUUUUCUGUGUUCUCGUAAUUAUCGAAAUUGCUCCGUCUUCAAAUUGAAUUCUCUAGCCCGUAUCCGUGUCCGAGGUUGCAAAAGAACGUUCCUAAAGUACUGUGCCCUGUUGGGCUCCCACCAGAUAACGUUAUUGGAGACACACGACUAUCAUUCAAACACUUUUCACUAGAUCCGAUUAGCGAGCCAAGUCGUAGCGAGUAAAAUACGUCGUCAUUUUCACACCACCGAGAGAAAGCGUGUACGGGUGUGUGGGAGUUGUGCAGUUUAGUAAGAACAAAAAUAAGAAGCACCACGAGUUGCAUCCGUGGGGAGUCCGUUAAUGCAAAAUGUCCUUUCGGCUGCUGACCACACGGUUGUACAAACAUGGUCGCCUGCUGGUGCAAAGCUAUCUUAAGCGGAACAUCCACACCAACAACGCUUGGACGGGCCCGGGCGACGGCGUCAAAGUGAACACACUCAACGAAACGCUCAGGAAUGAUCUGCGGAUCAACGAGUUCCGGAGCAACAGCUUCCUGCGGUUCGGCAACCAGGCCCGGCGGCUGUUCAUCGACAAUGUGCUGAACCGUGUCACCAACCCGUACUCGGUCGAUCUGCGCCUGCAAGCGACAAAGAAGCUACUGUACGGCGACUCAACGCCGUUCUUUGCGCUCGUUGGCGUCAGCCUGGCAUCCGGCGAUGGAGUACUUACGAAAAACGACGAACUGGAGGGUGUCUGCUGGGAAAUUAGACACGCCAUGUCCAAGUUCCAGCAAAGGGUUGGUGAGAAGGAUAUUGAAUCUCGCCUGGAUGAAGAGUUCGGUAUCGACCAGCUGAACAUUGGGCCACCGAUCGCAAAAGGCUGCUCCGCCGUCGUUUACGCCGCUUCGUUGAAGGAACCGCCGGUGAAUGAAGAACAACUACCGAGCGAGCACUCCGCCAACACAGACGCAUCAUCGCUGGGCCGUGCAUCGGUUACCUCUCUGGACACCGAUGAGUGGAACGAUACUCCGCCGGUCUUUCUACCGCCAGAACGAAGCCCCGGUUUGGCACUGCAGCAGAUGGCCAAUGAAGCCAUCACUGCGAGUGCGAAAAAAGAGUUCACCGGGGAGCGCAAAGUCCGCUUCAACAGUGAAACGCGUGCUAGAACCAUUUCGGAGAGCCUUUACGAUGAGUUUCCGAACGAGAAACUUCCCUCGAUGGAAGGAGCGGACGGGUACGGUAACGUGGAGUAUCCGCUGGCGUUGAAGAUGAUGUUUAAUUACGACAUCCAGAGUAACGCCAUGGCCAUCAUUAAGGGAAUGUACCGUGAAACGGUACCAGCGAAGCGACGAACCGUCGAUACGGCUUGGGAGCAAAGUUUGGUGGAAAAGACAAACUUCCUGCCACCACACCCGAAUGUGGUGGAAAUGUAUGGAGUGUUCUGUGACCAGGUUCCCGAUCUGUCCAUGUCGGCUACGCUCUACCCAAUGGCCUUACCACAGCGUCUCAAUCCCGAUGGUUACGGUCGUAACAUGAGUCUCUUCCUGUUGAUGAAGCGCUACGAUGGGAACUUGAAAGACUUUCUGUUCCAGCAGCAUGAUGCGCUGGAUAUGCGCACACGCAUUCUGCUCUUUGCUCAGCUACUAGAAGCCGUAGCACAUCUGAACCGGCACGGUGUAGCUCAUCGUGACCUGAAAUCGGACAACAUCCUCAUCGAACAGCGUCCCAACAUGCCACCGACUCUGGUGCUGUCCGAUUUCGGUUGCUGCAUUGCGGACAAGGAGCACGGACUGCGCAUUCCGUACACGUCCGAUGAGAUCGAUAAGGGGGGGAACGCAGCACUGAUGGCACCGGAAAUCUUCAACCAAACGGCGGGCACCUUCGCUCUGCUAAACUACAGCAAAGCGGAUCUGUGGGCGUGCGGUGCCAUUGCGUACGAGAUCUUUGGCCACGCCAACCCCUUCUACUCCGGUGAGCAAUCGGCACUUAAGAACUGGAGCUAUAAGGAGGAUAUGUUGCCGUCACUGAACCCCGGUGUGCCCCGGCUGAUCCAACUGCUUGUGACGAACAUUUUGCAGAAGAAUCCCAAAAAGCGUUUGAGUCCGGAUGUGGCGGCCAAUGUGAUGCAACUGUUUCUGUGGUCACCCUCGACAUGGCUCCGGGAUGGCCAUUCUCCGUCCAGCAACGAGAUUUUACAGUGGCUGCUCAGCCUCACGACCAAGAUCCUGUGCGAGGGCCCGCUACGCAUUACCCCCGACGAUAGCAGGGGCCGGCGUACGUACACCGAGUAUCUACUGAUUGGCAGUUUCCUGGCUCGUGCCCGCCUUGAGCGCAUCCGCCGUGCGCUGGACUGGAUACACACGGUUACGGUUAACGGUUCUGCGUAAAACCGUUGGUUGGCUCCUCGUGAGAUGUGAUAUUCGAGUGAGAGGAAAGGAAGGAUAGAGUGCGGGUUUGAUGAAAUAAAGAGUUAUUUAUGUUUCA